UAGGGAACCUUAACACUCACGACGCAGAACUGAAUCGUUACUCACACCGAAAUAAUGGUUUCACUGAAAGUUUUGACGAGUUAUAUUUUAAUUUUACAAUGCACAACAAUUAUGAGCAAGAUCGUCUUGCCGCACAAACUAAGAUAUUUGGAAAACAUGUUGAACUCCGAAGUAAUAGCGAAAGCUGCUAAAAUCAGACAAGGAAUAGAAGCCAACCCGAAUAUCCAGGACGGCGAUAAAGGAUGGCCGAUGCUUCUAGCCAAAUAUCAAGACGAGAAAAAAGCGGUCCCAGCCUAUACAUACAACAAUAUAUAUAAUCGUCGGUACCCCAAUUUUUAAAACCCUUAGUCCUAAUAGGUAUUCCAAUACCCAUUGGUAUCAUAGUUUCAGAAAUCCCAUAGAUAACACACUAUAACUAUAUGAGUAUAAUUUUACUAAAGUCAUAAGAUACAAAUUAGAUAUAUAGGUACUAUAUGUAAUAUAUAUAAUUGAGUGUACAAUUAAUUAAGUGUAGAUUAAAUAUUACUUUUAGAUUGUAAAUACUCAAUAUAAAUAAAUCUAAAUAUACGAUAAUCUACAUACUAUUGGCAAAUUAUCUUAUAAAACAUAUUACGUACACCUACGUCUAUUUUUGUAAUAAAUCCAGUGAGCAUUUAUUACGAAUAAUAAAUAUUUUCUAUCAUAUUAUGACGUUGUAUAAUAAUUUGUCAAAAUUGAGAUGCUAAAAUGCAAGUGCAAUGUUUGUUAAAUAAACGGCCAAUAACCAGAAUAUUUACAUUUCGAAUUAAAAUCUAAAACCACUUAACCUAGAUUUGUGAAAGGAUUUUAUAACUCGCUCCAGAUGUGCGGUGCGACAUGUAAUAUUAUUCAAAGUGAAAUUGUAUUACACGUCUACUUUAUAAACUAA